AUGUCAGGGAACAGGUUUUCCAGGGAGCUCAGGGCCGUCACGUCUGCCUCCGCAGUGACUGAUGAGGUUGGGAAGAGUGACGGGCAGCUGCAGACUUUCCUCAGCCCGCGGGCCUGCCUGGCAUUAACGUUAUGUGCCAUGUUCUCAGAGGGAACCUGUCAGUCAGCCGUCACUCAAGCCGACAGACAGAUGGUGCACGUAGACAGGGAACAUGAAAGAGACUGGCAAAGCAGCAGCAAAUCCCUAGGUGGUCCCUCCGAGUUGAAGGGUGAGAGUUUUCUCAUCACUGUUGCUUGGCAGCUCGGCUUCAACUGCGCGGCCACACAUGGACAUCAAGGUGCCAACGGGUCCUGA